AUGGAAGGUGGACUCGAUAAUGCAUCGAUGCAAGAAGAGAUUGAGGAAGUUUGCCCAUCCCCUAUUGAGACUUCAGAGUCUUCUCUCAUCUCCAACAUGACUGUGGGAAAUGUAGUACCUAGGACUUUGUCGAUGCUGCCCGGAUACGACCCGGAAAGCUAUUCUCUUCUGUCACAUUAUCUUGCAAACACAGCUGAUGUGAUGGCGAACGGCUCAACGCCAAUCAACCCUUUUCUUGUGCAAAUUGUGCCGCUAGCUUUCACCAGCGAUCUUUUGCUCCAACUUGUUAUCACUCAGAGUGCAGCGCACCGUGCAUUUCGGCGUCGGGACGAUUCAGAUGCCGUUGCACAAUCACAUUACACCAAAGCUAUCCAGUUAUUCCGUCAUGGGGUAACUGAAUUUAUCGAAGGGAAAGAAUCCAACCCCCUAAUGCUGCUCAUCGGCGCACUGGUCAUGUGCUUCACGGAGACUGCAAAGGGCGAUAUGACUGGAACAAUAUUCGACCAUUUAUCGGCCGCUAACUCUCUUCUCGUCAAGCUUCUGGCGCAGAGCGAUGCUGCUGUCCCUAGAGACCUAAAAGACUUUGUAAUUGAAUACUACGCAUACACGGCCACAGUGAGUAUGAUUUCCAUAGAUGCUCGCCUCAGCGGACAGCUUUUCCUCAACUUCGAUCUGGAACACCGAGCGCGAGAGCUUCUUCGAACUCAAUAUGUGGGGAAUCUUUGUGGCUGUUGGCUAGAAUUGUUACUUCUCAUCCCCUGCAUCUUUGAUCUCGGUCGACAAUGGAUGAUAGACAAUGCACCGCCAAUUAUUCCUAGUGCAGAUGACAUUGCCAUGUUUGCUUCCAUCCAAGCUCAAAUUCUGCGCUGGUCGCCUUAUUCAUUUGUUGGGCCGGAAGUUUAUCUCGCAGGCUUGGUCUUCCAACAAGCUAUGCUCAUCUAUCUCUACACCUCUUUGGGCGGCUACAGCUACUCAGCAGACGGCAUGUACAAAGUUCUUGUUGAAAACGCCGUGACAGAAGCAAUCAACUAUCUAGGAGAAUUAUCCCCACAUGCCAGAAUAAACUCGGGACUCUGCUGGCCCAUUGCAGUUGUGGGGUCUUGCCUGGAGAAGCCCGAGCAACAAGAGCGACUGAGGAAUCGCCUAACCGCUAUGACUUCCCAUUUCGGCCUCGGGAAUAUGCAACGAACGCUGCUCCUCCUCGAAGCGAUGUGGCAACUACCAGCAGCCGAUACUGGGCCAUGGAAUAUAUGCCGCACAAUGCAACAGAAUCAAAUUUGGAUCUCAUUUGCGUGA